AAAACUGAGAGAAGAAGAACAAGGUCGCGCAGUGACAUCCAUGCAGUGACCAGAGAAGCAUUUUCUGGAAGCACCGACAGAGUUCUCCGGUUCUUCAAUCCAGUUUAUCACAAUCCGACUGUGUGUAGUCUCAAAGAUGAGAGGAAGCCGCAGCCGCGCCUCAGCUCCAGCCAGCCAUCCUGUAUCCCAUGCUCCGGCUCCAGCUCAUGCGCCUCCCGCUGCCCUGGCCCCGGCCCCCGCUCCGUCCCAGGGCCCGGGCCUGAUGGCCCAGAUGGCCACCACAGCUGCUGGUGUGGCAGUGGGUUCCGCUGUGGGCCACGUAAUGGGCAGCGCCCUCACAGGAGCGUUCAGCGGGGGCAGCAGCAGCCCUGAGCCAGCCAAGCCCACAUACCAGGAGCCCCCCCGGCCCACUCAGGCCCAGCCCGGCCCCUGUAACUUUGAGGUCAGACAGUUCCUGGACUGUGCUACCGGCCAGUAUGACCUGAGUCUAUGCGAGGGCUUCAGCGAGGCUCUCAAACAGUGCAAGUUCUCCCACGGUGUGACGUCGCUGGUGUGAAGAAUGGUGAUCAGCUGUCAAGUCGGACAUAUCUCAAUAAUGAAACUUACUGUAGAAAUGACCACAUUCUAGCACAUAGAUGUGAACGUACCUCAGGCAGAGAGCAUGUUGGUUUUGUUGAUUGAUGACCGUGUAAUGUAUACAUACAUUACUAUAAUGUACAAAAUGUUUUUGGUAUGUACAGGCAAGAACCUUUAAUAAAUAGCUGCUAUGACCUUGCACAUAAUGUCAGUGUAUUUUCCUUA